AUGGGAUCAUUCGAUGUCAAUGGAAGAUGUGAGGUGAUCGAUCCAAUGUCACCUUGCAAUACAACAAUACCACCAAACACAUUAAUAUAUUUAAAUAGUACAGAGACACAACAAUCAGUAACAGAACAAGCAAUAUUCUAUAUCAACCUGCUUGUAUUUACAGAUUUAAACUGUUCCAUUGCUGGUCUACAGUUCUUUUGUACCAAUUUCUAUAGACCUUGCAGUAUUGUGAAUACACCAAGUAGGCAAAUAGCAUUCCCAUCAUUACCAUGUCGAUCACUAUGUGAUAGUACCUAUAAUAUAUGUAUAAAGUACUCUAACAAGUUCCCAACUAGUUGUAAUGCAACUAGUGAUGGAUUGGAAUCAUUCCCAAACAACGAAACAACCUAUGUCCUUACACCUAGCCAAGCUGGUCAAGACAAGAAUGUAUCCAUAGCAUGUAAUAAUGAGUAUAAAGCAAGCAACAAUAGUGUACAAUUAUGUAGAUCACCACUGAUAUAUGUUGAUCAGGAGACUUCAAGAUCUAGGAGCAAGUAUUAUACAGUGACUGAUAACUGUGCAAUACCUUGUCCAUUCUACAUUUGGUCAAAGUCAAUUGAUAACUCAUUGUAUUACAUACAGACAGUGUUGACCAGUAUAAGCUUCAUCUGUUCCAUCUUCCUCAUUCUCAUCUAUGGUGUCAUCCAAGACAAGAUAUCAAUCAAGAUGGAAGUCAUUCUCUCAUUCGCCAUUGGCACCAUGAUGUUUGAGUUGUCCUAUCUCAUGACAAAUAAGGGCAACACUUUGUACUGCUCUGAUAACAGGUACAAGGUAACAUCUGAUGCGAUAUGUGCGAUCAAUGGAUUCUUGUUCCAGUUUGGAGCCAAUGCAACUAUAUUUUGGUACACAGCCAUUUGUUAUGACUUCUUCUUGUCGAUGAGACUUAAGAAGUUUACAUACUUUAAGUAUGUUAGAAUUGGUCUGUGGACUUUGGCAUUCCUGUUUGCUGCCAUCCCACUCAUGGGUCGAGUCUACGUCUCAUCACCAGUCAAUAGAGGAUGCUUCCUAAGUGGUUCUGGAGUAUGGCAGUACCUAUUCACCUACAUUCCACUUUGGAUAUGUUUGGCUAUGAUCACAUUAUUCCUAGCAUACCUUAUCUACAAGAUCCAUGCCAUGAACCAAGUACUCAAUGAUGCCAAGGUCCUAGUGUACAAUGCUAAACAAGUAUUCAUUAUGAUAUGGAUCCUAUUCACGUUUGUGUUUGUCACAGUGUUCAAGUUCUACUCGGACUCGAGGGAGAGCUAUUAUUAUAGUAAGAUCGCUGACUGGGUGAAUUGUAUUGCCCAGAACGGUGAGAGUAGGUGCCUGUUGGGCAUUGGCGACUACCAGUUCAAGAUGAUUCAGAUUGCCAGCACUUGCAGUGUUGGCUUCUUUGGCUUCCUGGCCUUUGGCCUGGAGCCCUCUGUCCUCUACAGUCUACGCAAGUCAAGACGAUUCAAUGCACUCCGCGCACUGAUUGGCAACAGCAUCAGUCGUGAUCGUACAUCAUCAUCAUCAGGCUCGUCAUCUCAAAUGAAGCGUGCAUCUCAACGUGCCUCAACGUCGACCGCCACUAACACCACUUCCUCGUCGACCAUCACCGCGUCCGCGUCGCCGUCAUCAUUGGAGUCUGCUGUCUCUGAUUCAAGUCAAGUCCAAUGA